AUGAACUUCCGGAGAGUAAAUAGGUCCAAGAAGGUUCCUGGAGUCAAACUACGACCAGCGGACCCUGCUGCGCGCAAGGACCUCAGGACACCAGAUUCCACAUGGACCCACAGCUCAGGACUCGACUCGGACGAAGAAGCUACGCAUGCGGAUCUAUGUCCGCGUCCAUUUAAAGGCGUCGUGCUCUGUGCGACCGGAAUCAGUGACAAGACCUCACUAUUCAAGCUCGCUCUGGAACUCGGCGCUCAGUCUGUGAGCGACCUCACAGACCGGGUCACACACCUCAUCGCCGAGGAGCCUGGCAGCGCGAAAUACAGAUGCGCCGUGGAGACCGGAAUACCGAUCAUGCGCGCGUCUUGGAUCACUGAGAGCCAUAAAAUCUGGCUCAAAGGAGACGACGUCGAUCUCGUAGAGAGCAUCGAAGAACAUCGCCUUCCGCCCUUCACAGGGGUUGUGUUGUGCGUCUCGGGCAUCGAGGACGUAAAUCUCCGCAUGGAGAUCAACCGCAAAGUGUCCAAGGGUGGCGGGGUAUACGUGAAGCAGAUCGAGCGGCCCGUGCGAGUUACACAUCUGCUCUGUGCGAACACGAGUGAAGCCGACUCUGAGAAGGUCCGGUAUGCGGACAAGUUCAACCGCUUGGGCGAAGCGAGGAUACACAUUGUAUGGGAAGACUGGUUCUGGGAUUCGCUGCGAUUCGGAGGUCGUUUCGAGGAGGAAGCGUACAAAGUUUCAAAUCCGCGUCCCCCACCCCGAGCAUUACCGGAAGGCCCUCCACCGGGUACGACCACGACCACAGACGAGCCAGGUGUAUCCUCCGAAAUCCAGAACGCAGAAGCCUCCGCUGCAGGCCCCUCCCACACCCGUCAUAACGACGACGACGAAGAGAUCGCCUCCGUGAAGCGCGUCCCAGCAGUAACCCUCCACCUCUGGGAGAGCAUCCUCAAACCGCGCGGGUUCGAACUACAACAAGGCCGCCUCAUCCGCAGCCCGUCCAAGUCGCAAUCCCGCCCCGACAUAUCAUAUCGCCGCGAGCCUUCGCCGUCCGCGCGUGCAUUGCGGCGCGGCUCGCUGAAGGAGGGCGAUGGCGACCCACUCACCCCAGCCAGCGCGAUCCAGUCGUUCCGGCGCGCACGCUCCUUCGCCCCCGUGGCGAAAGAUGCGUCGACACCGCUGUCGAGGCAACCGUUCCGGCGCGCGCCGACCGUAGGAGGCGAGGGGAUGGCGGGCAGUGGGCGGACGUCUUCGCUCUCCUUCCUUGGGCGGCCCGUGGGGAGCAUUCUGGCUGCGGGUGGCAUUUCGGCGGAUGUGCCUAUCGCCUCUGCGUCGGCCGUCGCGGGGCCGAGCAGGGCAGGCAGCGUCAUGCCGGAGAACGCAGAUGGCGUCGAUGUGGAUGGGGACGUGUCGGAGGGCGCACGCGAACUGUUUAAGGGCAUGCGGAUACGCGCCUUGGGAGAGGCGCGGAGUGGGAAUGUUCGUCGGGCAGUUGAGGAAUGCGGCGGGACGUGGGUCAGCGCGCAUGACGACGAUGAUGACACGGUCGACUUUAUCGUCGUGCGGCUCGUUAGUGGGAGUGCGCUUUUCCGGAGAGAAGGAGACGAUGACACACGCGCCAAGUACCGGACUGAGUGCUGGCUCGAGCGGUGCAUCUUCGAGGAGCGCAUCUGCGCGCCCGAAGAGCACGUUGCGUUUGCGCCGCUCGCGGUCGAAGCACCCAUAUCCGGCACAGAAGACAUGGUCGUAAGCUACUCAGGCCUCGAUCAGAGCGAGGCGUGCUGGAUACGACGCUUGCUGCGUGCGCUCGGCAUCCACCAUGCACCGAAUUUCUCGAGACGGACAACGCAUCUGCUCUGUCCGUCCGGGGAGGGCGCGAAAGCAGAGAAGGCGCGCGAGUGGGGGACCCCGGUCGUUGACAUGGCGUGGCUCGCCGAGAUGGCGCGUAUGGGCCAGGUUCCGCUCACUGCCGUUCCCAGGCCGGCAUCGGUCGCUGGUGAAGCGUUCGUUCAGCGAGGCGAGGACGUGGACCUGCAGGUUGUGGAUUAUACGGGCGCGCCCGAGGUUAUGAUGGCGACGCAGCAGCCACGGACAGCACCACGGAGCGGGAGUGACAAGAAGGGCAAGGGUAAGGAGAAGGCGAGCAAGGAGGCUAGUAUGGUCGACAUCACGAACGAAGAUCGUGCACCAAGGUCUCAGUCGCUAUCGUACUACGACCCUCCCCCACCAGGGUCCCGCCCACCUCUCGCAGAGGAGGUCGAGUCGUUCGGGGUGCCCGCCAUGCUCCUGGGCGAAGUAGCCACCAGCGAGCCUCCAGGUACACCACGACGCCCAUCCAAGACCCCCACACCACCUCCCAAACCCGAAGAAGCCGCCGCACCUCCACGAACACAGCCUUCUGCAGACCGGGACGCGACUCCAGGGCCUUCGAUCCCCUCACGGGUGUUCGACGAUCGCGUACCGUCAUCCGAGUCGCCGUCACCGAUGCGCAUUCCCGGCGCGCACACGCCCUCGACGCCCAAACGCGUGACCAAGCAGGCAACGAAGGUGCUCCAGGACAGCAUCUCUACGCUCCUAGGCAAGCGCCCCGCCGAAGCGAUUGUCGAGCCAGAGCGCGAGGUCGAGGCGAAGAAGGCGAAGGGCCCGAAUCCACCGCUCGGAAAGCGGGCGCGACCGUUAAACCGCUCAAGGUCCAACAUGUCGUUCACGGACUCGCUGACCCCCGGCCGGUCAACACCCGGGUUCAGCCCAGGGCCCGGCGCGCAUUCAAGAGGCACCACCACGCCCGCCCCACAGCCCGCCCCAGCUCCCGAGCCCGCGCUGGUCCCGCAGCUCGAAGUGCCGGGCGGGAACCCGCGCCCGACCGCGUCGGGCGACGAGGCCGACAACAGCUUCAUCGAGGCGGAGGUCCCGGAGGGCACGCACGUCCUGUACGCGGACCCGAAGCAGCAUGGGGUGCGCGAGCGCCUCAUGCACCUGUUUGAAGUGUCUGGGGGGCCCGCGCGUGAGUCGUGGGACGCGGACGUGGCUGCGGGCGGGGCGGGCAUGAGCAUGGACGUGGAGGAGAUGACGCUGCCGCAGCUCCCGGACAUUGUGCAGGGGGCGGCCGCGGCCGGGGGCUCCGGGCGGAAGGGCGCUGGGAAGGGGAGACGGGGAAGGGGGAGGAAGGGCGCGCGGAGUUGAGUUCUUGUUAGGAGCGUAUGCAGUUAUUGCCGAUGUAGAACGCCGCUCUGGCUGCCCUAUGUAUCCGUAUCUCACAUUUC